GUUUCAGAAAAUGCUGCGACCUGCUGUCUCGGAUCCGGUGCUGAUCAAGCCCAACGAGAUAAAUUUCAUGCGUGGAUGGAAUUUUGGAAGAGAGCCUUACCUUCCCACCGACCUCUCUUCAGAGCACUUAUUCGGUAUCUACGUAUCCCUGUCUGACGCCAACGCAAACGACACCAAAAUGCCAAAAGGUGAACGGGAAAAGCGUCAAAAAAAGUUACAGUAUCAGCUGAAAAGGCGAAAUUCGGUGUUGAUGGCCAAUUUCAAGGAGGAGCUAUUCCAACCCAUUGCCGCCGGUAUGCGAAGGUCUUGGUCGUGCGUGGAACUCGGUAACAUCAGCUGCCAUGAAACUACUCAAACGAAAAGGGUAUCCUUUUCGGUAACUGUUUCACGUCCAGCUCAGCAAGACAUUGAAAAGACAACAUAUGAUUUGUGUCCCCCAAAGAUUUCCGCCCGACCUAUUUUGGUCCGUCGCAACACCACCUUUUCCGGUAAGGACAACCUAGUUCAUAUGGAUUUUGACUCGUUCACCGCAUGGAGAAGAGGAUCUAAAAUGAGCGAUGACGUGGAGAAGCAAAGAAAGAAGAGCAUGAAAGAAAAGGAAAAAGAGGCAAAUGGUGGAUCUAGGAUGAAGAUCAGAAAAGAUAGUAAUAGUUCGAAGAAAGAGGAUAUGGAACAUGGAGAUUGGUGGAUUGUGAGAGUUGCAAAGAUGGGCUUUGAAAGCUGCUUCCAACGACGUCGGAUCACGCCGAGUCCUCCGCCAACCAAUGAAACUGACUUGAAGUCUCCGGUGAAUGCUAAUUAAUUUUUUUUCGCCAGUUGACAUUUCCAUUGAUCUCAUUGUCGUUCACAGUUGUGCAAUUCAGUCUGCCCAGUUCACAUCUACCAAUAUUGAAGCCUGUACAUUCCUCCACCCACCGGUUCUUUUUUUAUGACAUUGUUUUUUUUCAACUUUUUUGUAAUGUGUUUUUUUUUGAAGUUGUACAUCAAAAUCUCGAUUAUUCAAUUCAAUUUGUAGAAUACAUAUUUAUGAUUAUGUAUAAUAAAAGAAAAAAAGAAAGAA